GGGGGGAAGAUCUGUGUACCUACGGCAGGGAGGGCUCCUGAUCUCACCACCUGCCUCGUGCUGUUGCAGGCUGGGAUUGACGGUGAUGAGCAACACACGUGUGCCAAGUCCAUCCUGUUGGAGAUGGGGGAGUUCUUCCAGAUCCAGGACGAUUACCUGGAUUGUUACGGAGACCCUGGGGUCACUGGGAAGAUUGGGACUGACAUCGAGGAUAAUAAAUGCAGCUGGUUAGUGGUGCAGGCCCUGCAGAGGGUCAGCACUGAGCAACGCCACAUCCUGGAGGUGAACUAUGGGCAGAGUGACCCAGGGAAGACAGCCCGGGUGAAGGCCUUGUACAAUGAGCUGAAUCUCCGAGGGGCCUACACGCAGUACGAGGAACAGAGCUACCAGCGGCUGAGGGAGCUCAUCACCCAACACUCCAUCACACUGCCCCAGGACGUCUUCCUGCAGUUUGCACAGAAAAUCUACAAGAGAGAGAAAUAGAUUCACCCAGGGGGUGGGGUGGGGCGGGAAGGGGUGGGGCAUUCAUACCUGCCGGUUAGCUGUGCUCUCAGGAGGGACAGCUCCAUUUUCAGCUCUCACUACAGACACUCUGGGGGAGUGGAAACCCCCAGGAGGGUUUGGUAGGUGGGGACAGUGUAGAGGGAUCUUUACUCUGUAUCUAACCCCGUACUGUCCCUGUCCCUGGGAGGGUUUG